AGCAGGAAGUGGAAGGGCGGCUGUGCUUAAGUUGCAACAUAAUUUGGUCUGGGGAGUCUCACAGCUGCAGUAACUGAGGGUGAUUUAUUGCCAUUAAAUACAGACAUGUCUCCUACCAGCCUUGUGAUUUUACUUCUAUGUGCACCCAUAAUGGACCAAAUCCCCCUGCAGGCCCCUGUUGGAAGAUCCAUCCUGAUUCCAUGCUCCCUACCAGCUAAUUCAUCUGAGAGUCUGAAAUGGUUUUACUGGCAGGAGGACCAGUCUCAUGACGUUUUAUUCUACUGGAACCCUAGUGGGAAAACAGAAAUCCCUGAUAAAUACAGGGACAGGGUUGAAGCCUUCAAUACUGAGUUGAGUUCUGGAAACAUUUCCGUUAGACUUAACGAUGUUGUUGUAGUAGAUGACAAGAAAACAUUCUAUGCCAGUGUUGGUUGGACGGGAGGUCCCAACCCAUGUGACCCAUGCUGUGAAUCCACAUUGCAGGUUUCAGCUCCAUACCAAGAUCUAGUCCUGACAGUUAACGAGACAACAAAGAAUGCAACCUGCACAGCACGUGGAGGUUACCCUAGACCUCGAGUGUCCUGGACGGGUCAAAACAAAUCCGGCUCGGCACAGCUGCACGGAGCUCUGACGGAACUGCUGCAGGAUCCAACCGAGAAAACCUUCUCUGUCGAAAGCUCUGUCAGCGUGAAGGACUUACAGUCUGUAACCUGCCUCAUAUACAACCCUCAUUCCAACCAGACCAUCAGGAAAAACGUAGAAAUCUAUGUGUCUGGUGAGAGCCAGACUCAAAAUCAUUGGGUUUUUGUAACUCUUGCUAUAUCUGCUAUACUCGUUCUCCUGUUGUGGCUGUUUAGGAAAUACAUACCGUGGAGGAUAUGUUUUGGCUGCACAGUUAACAUACCUGCUGCUGCUGCUGCUGCUGAUGCUACUGGUGCUGAUGAUGAUGACGAUGCUGCGGAGGAUGAAGUUACUGCUGAUGAUGAGAAUGCUGCUGAUGAUGAUGACAUCGCGGCUGCUGAUGAUGAUGAUGCUGUUGCUGCUGAUGAUGCUGCUGAAGAUGACGUUAUAGCUGAUGAUGAUGACAUUGCGGCUGAUGAUGAUGAUGAUGCUGUUGCUGCUGAUGACGCUGCUGAAGAUGACGUUAUUGCUGAUGAUGAUGACAUUGCGGCCGGUGCUGAUGAUGAUGAUGAUGAUGCUGCUGCUGCUGAGGAUGACGUUACUGAUGAUGAUGAUGCUGUUGCUGCUGAUGAUGAUGCUGCUGCUGCAGAAGGGGAAACCAAAUUGUGAAAGAGAUGAAAAAGCAGAUAAAACAACACCUCAAAAUGUGACAAAGACAAUUAAGAGUCAGCAAUAUGUGUAUAUAUAAUAUAUAUAGAUAAGAGAGACAGAUUAGAUGAUACUUUAUUCAUCCAACAGUGGGGAAAUUCCCUUAAUACAGCAGUAGUUUCUUUCAGUAAAAAGCAAAAAAACAAGCAAGUAAACACAAAUAAACACUAAUGUUAAUGUUAACUUAGCUGUCAUUUUUGACUUCACAUUCAUCCCAUGUAUCAAUAGAAUUGCUCAUUAAUUUUUCUUAAGUUUUCUCCAUAUCUUUACCAUCUCCAAAAUCAAAAACGUAUUAUCGCAGCCGGAUCUUGAAAAGGACAUUUUUUUAUAGUUACUUUCCCGCCUCCAGCUGGUCCAGAACUCAGCAGCCAGGCUUUCCCUUGGUUUUAACAAUGUCACAUC